AUGACACUUCGUCCUCGGCCUCCUAAAGUGUCUCCUUACUUCCCGAAGCCGCUCAUCGAUCCCGAUUCCUGUCUGCCUUUCCCUUCAAUUGACGCACCCACAUUCGGCUUGGUACAAGAGCAACUCACCCACGAUCCAUUCCGUCUGCUUAUCGCCACGAUCUUUCUAAAUCGGACUCGCGGAGGCGUUGCUUUGCCUGUUCUCUUUCGAGUUUUUGACCAUUUUCCGACACUCCACGACAUGAGUACGGCUGAUUUCUCGAAGUUGGUUUCCAUGAUACAUUCUUUGGGAUUUCAGAACGAGCGAGCGAAAAAAUGCAUCGAUCUUGCCAAGACAUGGCUGGCUCGUCCACCGACGAAGGGCAGUCGAUACCGCAGACUACAUUACCCACGCAAGAUGGAUGGGAAAGACGUCGGCCGCGAAGAAUGCAUCGGGGACGACGACACGCGUGUAGCAUGGGAGAUUGCACAUCUGCCUGGUGUGGGCCCGUACUCGUUGGAUAGCUGGCGCAUCUUCUGCCGAGAUGAGCUGCGGGGACUAGCGAAGGACUGGAAAGGCAAUGGCGCGGCAUCAGCAGAUUUUGUCCCGGAAUGGAAAUCAGUCUUACCACAGGACAAGGAGCUACGGGCAUAUUUGACGUGGAUGUGGCUCAAGGAAGGCUGGAUUUGGGAUCGGCACACGGGCGAGCGCAAACGAGCCAGCGAGAAGAUGAUGCGAGCUGCACGCCGUGGAGGUGUGGCUCAGGAACAGGACGGCAAUUUUGUGUUGGAGAUGUCGCCAGUGAAGAAGGUCGCGAAUGGGCUGACAGCAUGGAGUUGA